GGGUGUCUAGGAGCAUUAGAUGGUACAUACAUUGCCGUGAAAGUCCCCUCUAGUGAUAAGCCACGAUAUAGGAAUCGAAAGGGACAAGUAGCAGUGAAUGUACUUGGGGUGUGCGAUAUAAAUAUGAAUUUCGUGUACAUGCUUUGUGGAUGGGAAGGGUCUGCUGCAGAUAUGCGAGUACUGAGAGAUGCGGUUACUAGGCCACACUCUCUACGUGUGCCAAACGGGAACUACUAUUUGGUCGAUGGUGGUUACACGAAUGGUCCUGGUUUUCUAGCCCCAUAUCGGGGAGUUAGAUACCACUUAGAUGAGUGGGGUACCGGGAAUCGUGCUCCACAGAACUAUAGGGAACUUUAUAACCUUCGGCACGCAAAAGCUAGAAAUGUUAUUGAACGUGCUUUUGGCAUUCUGAAAAUGCGUUGGGCCAUUCUUAGGAGUCACUCCUACUAUCCAAUUCGGACUCAAAAUCGAAUUAUUAUGGCUUGCGGCCUUAUUCACAAUUUUAUACGUACAACAAUGCCUGAAGAUCCCAUGGAAAAUGAGUUGCCAGAGUUCCCGACGUUAGGUACUCCUCACGUGGAUGACGAUGACUUGAUCGAUCAAGUCGACUCUAACCCAGAGUGGUCCCUCAAACGCGACCAAUUAGCACAACAUAUGUUCGUGGAGUGGCAAGGCG